UUGGUUAUUAUUGACGAUUAUUAUAUAUGACAAAGGAUUUGAAUAUGUAUGCUAACAGGGGUUGCUUUUCUCCGGCCGGUAGUUUUGGUUGCCAAGUCAACAUUUUCAAUUUGUUUAUGAAAAUUUUCCUCUCCAUUUAAAUCGUUCCGAUUUUAAGGAACUAGAUAUAUUAAUAGCUGAAUUUAAUAAAAUAUUUAAAUAAAAUGUCGAAUUUAAAACGUCGAGAGAAGCUGAAUAAGGACACCCGCUGGGAUCGCAUUCGCAAGCGGCAUCAACAGGCCAAUCCUCUGGGCCUGAAGACGGAUGCAGUGCGGCGUUUUUUCGAGGUGGAUUAUGUGGACAAACGACAGGAGCGCUUAUUGAUCGAAGGCGAUGAGCCCAAGCAGCUGAACCCUAGUGUAAUUAUGGAUAUGCGGCAUAAGAUGUUUCAGAAAAUACCACACAAGCUACCGCUGGCCACAAUGGCCCAUGGCAGCACUUUGGAAGCCACCAAGGCGCACAACCUUGAGGUAGAGCAGCGCUUCGUUGACAACCAGUUGGAAAAGUUUCGCCAGCAACUGGCCAGGCAGUUUCAGCGAAGCAAGUCGCACAAGGUGCCGCCCACCAAGCCAGACUUCAAGCUGAAUAACAAGCCCCUAGUCCAGAGUCUCACCCAGGCAGCCCAACAUAUAGACAACUUCUACAACACUCCCGUCCAGGCCUUGGGUCAGAUGACUCAAAUGUGUGCCAAAACCAAGGCAGCGGCCACCAAGAGUCUGAUAAGGCAACUGAGACCGGAACCGGAAAGGGAAGCAGACAUGGAUCACGAUUGGGCGGCGGAGCAGCAGGCUCUGGCAAUGGAGCUGCCAGCGUAGGACGAGCAGGCGAUAUCCUUCGACUGCCUUGAGUAUCGAAACUUCGCCAAGCAAGUUCAGGCGGAUGAGAGCAAGGCAAAGCUACUGCGGUGUCGUACUCCCAGUCCGUUGACUUCGACGGAAGAGUUCUUCCGUCCCAUGCGAGCUGCAGCCGAGCGUCAGAUGCUCCAUGUUCGCACUGUUCGGCACGAGGAGGAGCUGCAGGAGGAGAACAAGCAGGAACAACCUCAGGAGGGGAAUCCGCCGCAACUGCAGAGGGAAUCGUCUACUUGCUCAAACACCAGCGACGGCAUAGACUCUGUGAUUUCUGAUCUGGCCGAGGAAGCCCUCUACGAACUCCAGCUGGAGGCAGCCGAGGAGCAGAACGAGCAGCUGGACAAGGAUUUGCCCACUGCCACAAAGCACGUGCAGUUUCAGCUACCUCAAAAAAAGACUCCAACGCCGAGCACCUAUCCCAUUGGAGGGGAGUCAGAUCCAGAGCCAGAACCCGAACCUGAAGCCUUGGUCAUUCGCCGCAUUGAACUUCCCAAGGUGGUGGUGAAGCCCAAAGAACCAGAACUCCCGGAGCUCGGUCCAGCGACAACGAAGAUGAAGGGUGAGGCGCCCACACAUGAGAAGCAGAAGAUCAUCGACAAGCUGUUCCAGGCCAGGGCAAACACCGAGUUGGUGAUGAUGCGCAAGUACUUCAAGUGGAUCCAUUUCACAACGCUCGAAAAGAUUGCGGAGCAGGGACAGAUCAGCCAAUCGCGGGACAAUCGUGUUCAUAAGAUCAAUGCGUUUUUGGACAAGGUCCGGCAGGAGAAAAAGCGCCAGCGCACAACCCAAGCCACAGACGCUGCCGCCGAAGCCAACAAGAUCACACAGAAAUGCCUGGAGAAACGAGAAGAUGCCGAAAUGGCCAAACAGUUCAAGAAUAAACUCAAAGUUCAGCAAGACAUCAUUGACUUGCAGCGGAUCAAGCUGGAGCGCCAAGAGCGUCUCAUUAUGCAGCUGAAGCUGAAUAAGCUUAGCGAUGAGGCUAAGGAGGCUCGCGAGGAUCUCAAGCAAGAGCUAAAGACGGUAAUUCGUUGCGGGGAUCCCAAGGCGAAGGCUAAGGCCAAGUGUCUGCAGCUGAUCGGCAGUCUGCGUGAUGCAGACGACGAGGAGAUGGCCCGACUUCAGGGCAAGGCACUGCUGCAACCACGCUUCUUGCAGCACAUGCAGGAGCGGGCCAUGGAACGAAGUGUGCGCCACGAACAGGCUCGUCAGAGACGGGCCCAGGCAGAUGCCGAACGAGAGGCGGCCAAGGCGGCUCUUGAAGAGGCAAAGCGCCAGGAAGAUGAGGAAGCCAAGCGCCUUAGAAUCGAGGUCCUCAAGGAAAAACGUCGUCAAGAGAAAAUGGCCAAGGUGUUGAAGGAGCGCGAACGCCAAAGAUUCAUUGAGAACCAGCGCAAGGCUGUGGAGUUCAGCCGUCGCCUGCUGCUCCGUCGCAUCGGUAGAGGGUUCAAACGUCUGCUGCAGCGGAAGCGCGAGAAUCUUGUCAGGAGCGAGGAGUUCCGAAGGCAGAUGUACAAGAAGAACGCCUUUCAGUCGUGGCGUAACUAUACGGCCUACAAGCAACGUGAGAAGAUGGUCCGGGCUAAGAUGUGCUGGCAUAGAAUCGUCAAACGUCGCGCCCUCUUUGCCUGGAUGCUGUAUGCGCAGAAUGAGCGAAGCAAGAUGCAAGUGGCUAUAGAUUGGAACGCUCUUCAUGCCAUGGAGCACUGGUUCGGCAGAUGGCUUAAGUACACAACGCAUAGUCGGAUGAUCGAAGACACUAAGACGAGGCAGGCGCUCUCUCAUCACGAUUGGCACCUGAAGUGGAAGGUCCUGGACUGCUGGCGACGUCUGCCACAGAUCCUGAAGAUCGAGAAGGAAACGGAAGAGCGACGACAGCGAUGGCGCCUGAAGAUCUGGGAGCUCCUGCAUUACAAGCCCAGGGAGGAUAGCUUGUGGUAAAUUAGGCUAUAGUUUAAUUUUGGUUUUAUUCAUU